CUUCUUCCCCCUCUCCACCUCUCUCAGCAAUUGUUCACCCUCAUUUUCAGUCACUGGUAAUUUGUUGGUUUUGGACUUAGAGGAGCAGAUCACAAAAUUGACAAGAAAGGUCCUCCUCGUGUGACUCGACAAAAUGACUGGGAGCUUUGUCUCGCCGUCCGCAGAUGCGACAAUCUCGCCGCAACUUUUCGCGCCGGCCGGCCUCGUCGCCUCGAUUCUCGAUGGCUUCACCGUCUGGAAGCUGAUCCUGACGCUGUUCGUUGGAGCCGUCAUUUACGAUCAGUUCAAGUACCACUAUCUCAAGGGCAACAUCGUUGGUCCUGCCUACAAGAUCCCGUUCAUGGGCCCCUUCCUCCAGUCUGUCAAUCCCAAGUUCACCGAAUACAAGGCGAAAUGGGACAGUGGCGAGUUGAGCUGUGUCUCUGUCUUCCACAAGUUCGUUGUGAUCGCUUCCACCCGUGACAUGUCCCGCAAGAUCUUCAACUCUCCCGGUUACGUCAAGCCCUGUGUCGUGGAUGCCGCGCACAAGCUGCUCGGCAAGUCCAACUGGGUCUUCCUGGAUGGCAAGGAGCACGUCGAAUACCGCAAGGGUCUCAAUGGCCUGUUCACCCGCCAGGCCCUGUCCUCCUACCUGCCCCGUGCCGAGGAGGUCUUCGACGAGUACUUCAAGCGCUUCUUGGCCAAGUCCGCCGCUACCAAGCACACCCCGACUCCCUGGAUGCCCGACUUCCGUGAGCUGAUGACUGCUCUCUCGUGCCGUACCUUUGUCGGUUACUACAUGUCCGACGAGGCCGUCCAGAAGGUUGCCGAUGACUAUUACCUGAUCACCGCCGCCCUCGAGCUGGUCAACUUCCCCAUCAUCCUGCCCUUCACCAAGACCUGGUACGGCAAGAAGGCCGCCGACAUGGUUCUUGAGGAGUUUUCCAAGUGUACCGCCAAGUCCAAGGCUCGCAUGGCUGCCGGUGGUGAGGUUACCUGUAUCAUGGACGCCUGGGUCAAGGCCCAGCAGGACUCUGCCAAGUACCGUGAGAAGAUCGCCCAGGGAAUCCAGGUUGACCCCUCCGAGAAGCCUCCUCAGGUUCUGCGUGACUUCUCCGACUUUGAGAUUGCCCAGACUGUCUUCACCUUCUUGUUCGCCUCCCAGGAUGCCACUAGCGCCGCCUCUACCUGGCUGUUCCAGCUGAUGGCCGACCGUCCUGAAAUUCUCGACAAGGUCCGUGAGGAGAACUUGGCUGUCCGCAACGGUGACCCCUCCGUCCCCAUCUCCAUGGAACUCCUCGAGCAGUUGACAUACACCCGCGCGGUCGUCAAGGAGACCCUCCGCUACCGCCCUCCCGUCAUCAUGGUCCCCUACCUGGUCAAGAAGGACUUCCCCAUCACCGACAAGAUCACUGUCUCCAAGGGCUCCAUGAUCAUUCCCUCGGUCUGGCCCGCCACUCACGACGAGGAGGCCUACCCCAACGCCGACUCCUUCGAGCCCGAGCGCUGGAUCACCGGUGAUGCCGAGCAGCAGACCAAGAACUGGCUGGUCUUCGGCACUGGUCCCCACUACUGCCUGGGUCAGACCUAUGCCCAGCUGUCCCUGAUGGCCAUGAUCGGCAAGGCCAGUAUGGAGAUGGACUGGGAGCACACUGCCACCCCUCUGUCUGAGGACAUUAAGGUGUUUGCCACCAUCUUCCCCCAGGAUGACUGCCUGCUCACCUUCCGCCCCCGCGCAUAAAUGAUUGACGAGCCUUUUAAAAGCACCACGCUGGAAAGACCCGGCCCCAAACUCCAGAUAGAACGAGCUCGGUGACGCAUUUAGCACGGCCUUUCUGUCCUGGAGAUGGAGGGGCCUUUCUUUUCCACCUUUCAUUUCUCGCCUCCACUUGGCACGCAUGGUCAACAGUCCUCUUGGCGGACUGUGAACAAACGUUACCGUGAUUGCCCAAGGCAUUUGGUCGUCACAGCUGGGGAGUGCUUUCCUAGAGAUUACCCACCUAAUACCCCUUUUGUGUAUAAAGCGGCGUGUAUAAAGCGGCCCAUGUGGGAUCGCUGCCGUUGUGCAUUUCUUUUCCGGGUUGUCUCUGUUUCGUGUUUCUUCCUCAUUGUGGACCACCUUAGAGAGCCAUUCAUAGAAUAAUUUUAAUCUUGUUUUCUCUUAUCCAUUCGAUCC